AGUAAAAGUCUGAGGGCACCAUCAUUCCACAGAGGGCAGUGAAGGCCUGAGGGCCACCUGUCACAGUGCAUCAAACCCCAAAGUGAAACUGACACACUCGAUAAUCGCCCUACCCUCCAACCAUGACUGAUUACAAACUGUUGAAGGAACUAGGCUACCGCCUGGGCAAGACCAUCGGGGAGGGAAGCUACUGCAAGGUUAAUACAGGUGUGCGGGGGAGAGACAACACCACUGUAGCCAUCAAGAUCAUCAACCUGCAGCGGGCCCCGAAAGAGUUUGUCGAAAAGUUCCUCCCUCGAGAGCUGUCCAUCCUGCGGAUCGUCCACCACCCGCACAUCGUACAGGUGUUAGAACUCAUCGAGGUGGGCAGUGACAAGAUCUACAUCGUGAUGGAGGCUAUGGGCAGCAACCUGCUCAAGGUGCUGCGGCGCCAGGGGUACCUCGACUGUGCCCGCGCCCAAAAAUUCUUCGGCCAGCUCGUGAGUGCCGUCCACUACCUGCACAGCCAGCAAGUGGUACACCGAGACAUCAAGUGUGAGAACAUACUCCUGACCCACGAUGAGCAGUGCAUUAAGCUCACGGAUUUCAGCUUCAGCCGCCAGGUCAGUGACUUUGGGGACCUGAGCACCACCUUCUGUGGCUCCAUGGCCUAUGCUUCUCCCGAAGUGCUGCUGGGUAUCCCCUACGACCCCAAGAAAUAUGACAUGUGGAGCCUGGGCGUUGUGCUGUACGCCAUGGUGACCGGCCGCAUGCCCUUCAGUGACGUGGCCAUCAUCAAGCUGCCCAACUUCCAGAAGCAGGGCAUCGAGUUCCCCAAAAGGCCAAAGUUGGCCUUACCCUGCAAGGAGCUCAUCAGCGACCUGCUGCAGUUCACCCCCAGCGCCCGGCCCACUGCUGGACAGGUGGCUCAGAACAGCUGGUUGUGUAAGGAGAGUCAGAGGCAACCGUAUUCCCUACCCGCUCCUCACAGGAGCUUGAGUUUAGACCUGCCUACUAGCCAUGUCCUUUCCUUUCCACCGCCUCUCCAGGACGAGGGGGCCUCAGACAACAAGAUCCGUUGCUCCCCUAGAUCGUUCUUGAAGACCCAAUACCCGAGGGUGGUUGAUCCGCCCAAAGGCCAAGGUGGCCAGGCCUGGGCAUCGUGCAGCAAGGGACUUGAGGCUCUGCCCAGUCUCCUCCCAAGACGGGUCUCAGUGAAGGCAGAAUGUCCGAGUGCGGCGGGUGUGCCGGAAGAUCAAGGUGGCCAGGCCUGGGCUACAUGCAGCAAGGGAUCCGACACUUCCCCCAGUCCCCUCUCAAGACAGGUCUCGGUGAAGGCAGAAUGCCCGAGCGUAGCAGGUGUGUCAGCAGACCAAGGUGGCCAGGCCUGGGCCACGCACAGCAAGGGACACGAGACCCAUCCCGAUCUCCUCCCUAGACUGGUCUCGAAGACUCAGUACCCGAGCGUGACGGGUCUGCCAAAAGGCCAAGGUGGCCAAAAGUCUCACAGUCCUGAGACUCUCCCCAGUAUCCUCUCAAGGCGGGUGUCAGUGAAGACAGAAUACCUGAGCGUGGCAGGUGUGUUCGAAGACCGAGGUGGCCCCGCCACACCCAGCAUGGGACCCAAGGACCCCAGUCCCCUCUCAAGACAGAUCUUGGUGAAGAGAGAAUUCCUGAGUGUGGUGCAUGUGCCCGAAGACCAAGGAAGCCAGGCCUGGGCCACCUACAGCAAGGAAUCCAAGCCUCCCUCCAGUCUCCACCCAGGAUGGAUCUCGGUGAAGACAGAAGACCUGCGCGGGGCGGGUGCGCCGGAAGACCAAGGUGGCCAGGCCUGGGCCACAUGCAGCAAGGGACCUGAGACUCAUUCGGGUUUCGUUCCUAGGUCGGUCUUACCGAAGAAAGAAUACCCUAAGGUGGCCGCUCUGUCAAAAGACCCAGGUGGCCAGACCUGGGGCCCGAGCAGCAAGAGACCGGAGACACCCCCAGGUCUCCUCUCAAGGAGUGUCUGGAGGACGGCAGAAGACUCAAAUGUGGCAGGGGUGUCAGAAGACCAAAGUGGCCAGGCCUGGGCCACGCCCAGCGAGGGAGCCGAGACUCCCCCCAGUCUCCUUCCAAGACGGGCCUCGGUGAAGAGGGACUAUCUGAGGGCAGCCCAUACAGCCGAAGAACAUAGGGGCCACUCCCAUCAGAGAUCCUGGGAGGAGAACCCGGGUGGAGGCGAGGAGGGGGAAACACACAGAACGUCAGGGAUGCUCCCGCGCAUUAACCCAGAAGAAACAGUGCUAUCUCACGGCCAUUACAACCCUGAAUCCCCCCAAUAA